UUGUUGGCAACAUUGUACAUAUCUCGUCAAAUCAACAAACACACCCACACACCACAUGCGGCCUCCAAAAUUAAGAGCAGACAAGCGAAGAUGGACUUUGCGAGAGCACAAUUGGAAAAAUAUGGCUGGAAGGAAGGUGAAGGUUUAGGCGCGCAGAAGACUGGAAUUUCGCAAGCUAUAAAGCCGUCGCUGAAACGCGAUCGGAUGGGUUUGGGAGCAGACCCGGGAAAAGAGUUUACAAAUACGUGGUGGAACCAGGCCUUCGAUGAAGCAGCUAAAAAGGUUAAAAUCAGUGUUAAGGAGGAUACAGUUGUGGUAAAGACAAUAAAGAAGAAGAAGAAAAAGGAGAAAAAGGUGGAGCCUGUGAAGUCAACGAAAAAGGUGUAUGGCAAUUUUGUGAAAUCUGCAGUCUUGGAAGACAACAAAGAAGUCGAGUCAACAGAUAAGAGGAUUAAUAAUCCUGUCGAAGAAAGCAAAGAUGACGUACUGAAAACUCCCCUAACAGAUGAACAGCUUUUUGCAGCCUGCGGAGGUCGAACGGCCCAUAAAGCUGCCAGACAUGGACACAAACUUUCGGGAAAAUUAGCUCGUUUGCAAAAGCACGACGAAAGUUAUCAGCUAUUGGCAAAAACUAAAGUGUGAUUGAUUUUUAUCUGUUACGGCUCAGAAGAUUGCAACAGUUAUUUAUGUAUUAAUGACACGUCAAAGAAAUAAAAGCAAAAUAAGAUAAUUGCCAAUGGCAACCAUUUA